AGUUGCGGUCACCCCAAGCGCAUCAUACUUUUUAGGGCGGUGUUCGCGUUUUGUUUUCGUUAAUUAUUGCUUGCAAACCAGCAUAUAAAAUUAUUAAUUAUAAAUCUGAUCUAAAAUGCAACCAAUAGAGAAAUGCGUGCUGGCCGCCUUAUUGCUGGGCUGCGUGCUGCAAACAGCUUAUGCCAUCAAAUGCUGGGAUUGUCGCUCGGAUAACGAUCCAAAGUGCGGAGAUCCCUUCGACAACAGCACAUUGGCCAUCACCGAUUGCCAUCAGGCACCUGAACUGGAGCAUUUGAAGGGCGUGCGUCCAACCAUGUGUCGCAAGAUCCGUCAGAAGGUGCACGGGGAAUGGCGUUACUUCCGUAGUUGCGCCUAUAUGGGAGAGCCAGGAAUUGAGGGGGAUGAACGCUUCUGUUUGAUGCGCACGGGCAGCUAUAACAUCUUCAUGGAGUAUUGCACCUGUAACAGCAAAGAUGGCUGCAAUGGAGCAGCGCUGCAAAAAAGCAGCUUCCUCAGCGUUUGUCUGGGCACCCUGGUUGUUGGACUAGUCGCUCAUUUCCUUCGGAAAUAGCCCCAAGUGGAUUAGUUCCAAAUGCUAUGUGUGUAAUAUGUGUGCCUUCGAAUAGUAAACUUAAAAACUAUGUAACUAAUGUCCGUCCAGACUUCAUAAUCUUUCGAUGAAAACAUAUCUCGCUUCUUUUAGUUCACAUUCCGUACGAUUUAAGCUCAACAUUAUUAUUGUCCAUCUUUAUAUUUGCUGUCCGCAUUUUUUGUGUGCAGCUUUUUUACGCAUAAUUUUUAGUUUAAGCAACGAACACAUUUACAAAAUUUUUAUUUGUAAAGCAACAUUUGUUGCGAAAACCGAAAUAAAUGACAAAGUAAUUGAAACCAA